GGCCGGGCCGCGCCGCGCCGCGGGGCAGAGCUGCGGAGCGGAGGAAGCCGCGGCAUCCCCGCCCUGCCCGGCUCCCCGCAGGCCAGGGGCUGGGCUCUCCCCGCUCCCCGCCGGGCGAGGCAGCGCCGGCCACCUCCCCUUCUGCUCUUCCUCCUCCUCCUCCUCUCUGCCUUCCUACUUCUGCGCCGGCACCGCUCCGGCUCCGCCGCUGCCCCCCGAGCCGCCGGGCUUCCCCCGGAGCCCAGCCCUACCCCGCCGCCCCCUCCCCGUCCCCGGCGCCGCCGCCGCUCGCACAAGAUGGCGGGGACCGUGGCCGAGCGGGACGCGCUGAAAAUAGAGGACGGGCAUUUAAACAACUCCCUGGGAUCCCCGGUUCAGGCUGAUGUGUACUUCCCUCGGCUGAUCGUCCCCUUCUGUGGGCACAUCAAAGGAGGGAUGCGGCCGGGGAAGAAGAUCCUGGUGAUGGGCAUCGUGGACCUCAACCCCGAGAGCUUUGGCAUCAGCCUGACCUGUGGGGAGUCGGAGGAUCCUCCUGCGGAUGUGGCCAUCGAGCUGAAAGCUGUAUUCACAGACAGGCAGUUCAUCAGAAACUCGUGUGUAGCUGGAGAAUGGGGAGAAGAGCAGUCGUCUAUUCCUUACUUCCCAUUUAUACCGGACCAGCCUUUUCGGGUUGAGAUACUUUGUGAGCAUCCCCGUUUUAGAAUAUUUGUGGAUGGACAUCAGCUCUUUGAUUUUUACCACCGUAUUGAAACACUGUCAGCAAUUGACACGAUAAAGAUAAAUGGAGAUCUUCAGCUUACAAAACUUGGCUGAACU